AUGCGGAAAAAGUCCUUUUCAUCAACUGUGCCCAAAAUCGGUCACCCAUGUUCUGGCCGCACGGGAAUUUUGCCGCAUCCAACCCAGUGUCAUUGGUAUUACAAUUGUAGUCUAGAUGCAAAUCAAGCAGAUUGGGAGAAACAUGAACCGUUCACUGUUGAAUGUCCUUAUCCUCAACUUUUUGAUGAGUUCCAGAUGCGUUGCAGAGAAUAUCUAAACGUGAAAUGUGGCUCCCGAUUUGAACCCGUUGCCCACUGUGCUGGAAAUCUCGUCAUACUUUGUAAGGCUUCCUUUUCUUUCUUUCUUUCUUUCUUUCUUUCUUUCUUUCUUUCUUUCUUUCUUUCUCCCCUUCGUGAAUAUCGUGAAGAACAAUGCAACAACGUCCAUUGCAUCCCAUGUGAAGAACGUUUCUCAAGUUGCAGAAUGAAAGCAGAUGGAAUCUAUCCAUUCCGAACAGAUGUCUGGUCUCCGAUUUUUGUCUCGUGUUACGGUCAAAGAAACAUUGCCCAGGACAAAUGCUUCGAACCUACGCCAAUUUUCUCACCCGAGGAACAUAACUGCGUUUCCUUAUUCGAUGUCCCGAAAGAAAAAGGCGGUUUGAAGCCAAACUGUUUAUUUCACAAUGAUGGUCUUCAUGCAGACGAACAAGGACGCUGCAGCAUUUAUUUCGAAUGUAAAAACGAAAGAUUCAUUGGCUACUUCGAAUGUAACCAAGGUUUCGUAUUUGAUCCGAUCACUCGUAACUGUGUGUUUCCCCAUAUGGCCCCACCGCCAUGUGGCGAGAACCAGCAGCUUCCAACUUGCCGACACCGGGAAGAUGGCUUUUAUGCUGACGAAUAUAGCCGCUGUCCAUAUUAUUUUGAGUGUAGAAACUUUACAUUCCAGAAAUACCAUCGAUGUAAUUUUGGUUCGUUUGAUGCCCACCAGCAAAAAUGUAUCAUUCCCAUCGCCAUGUUAAUAUCUAUGUUUUUGUAUCUAUCUAUCUAUCUAUCUAUCUAUCUAUCUAUCUAUCUAUCUAUCUAUCUAUCUAUCUAUCUCAGUCUGUUCAUUAUCUGUCUAUUUAUCUAUCUCAUUUUGUUCAUCUAUCUAUCUAUCUAUCUAUCUAUCUAUCUAUCUAUCUAUCUAUCUAGCAAAUUAUCCGUCUCCAUUCAUUUCUUUGUUCUCUCUCCAUUCUUCCUUGACAGAGAUGUCACUUUUUAUUAUUUUUAUUGUUCCUUGUUAUCUGACACAGUUAUUUGCCUUCUCUCUUUUUCCUUUCGUUUCGUUAUCUUACAGCAAACGACAUUUUGCCUAUUUAAGAUAACAUAUGACCUUAUUCAACUCUAA